CCUGAACAAUAAAGAAAAUCUGCGUAAAGUAGAUUGCUUUUCUUGACGUGACAUCUUGGAGGAAUCUCCCGGCGUGAGCGUAGGAAUCUCGCUCUAUAUAAGAGAGCCUGACCGGGCGCCGGGUCCUCUUUCGUCUCCUCGCUUCCAAGAUGACCAAGAAAAGAAGGAACAAUGGUCGUGCCAAAAAGGGCCGCGGCCACGUGCAGCCAAUUCGUUGCACGAACUGUGCCCGAUGCGUGCCCAAGGAUAAGGCCAUUAAGAAGUUCGUCAUUCGGAACAUCGUAGAGGCCGCAGCCGUCAGGGACAUUUCCGAAGCGAGUGUUUUCGACGCCUAUGUACUGCCCAAGCUGUAUGUGAAACUACAUUACUGUGUGAGUUGUGCCAUUCACAGUAAAGUAGUUAGGAAUCGUUCUCGAGAAGCCCGGAAGGACCGAACACCUCCACCCCGAUUUAGACCUGCGGGUGCUGCCCCACGACCUCCACCAAAGCCCAUGUAAGGAGCUAAGUCCUUAAAGACUGAAGAAAUCCUGUUCUCUGAAAAGAAAAUAAAAUGGAAGUUAUACUUUA